GUUUGUAAAAUUCUUUUAAAUUUACUUUCAAAAGAAAUUAUUGUAAAUAACUAGUGAUUAAUACAUUUGUAUAAAUAAUUUGCAAGGUUGAAUCUCUCUUACUGACUUAUUUGACUAUAAAAUAACCAUCUAACCAGCAAUUCAGCAUCAGUUCUCUUCAAAGUCUUGCCUUACCUACACAAACAAUUCAAAACCAUGAAGUUCCUCAUUCUGACUCUCGCCUCUCUGGCCCUCGCGGUUUCGGCCCAACUCCAGCACAACGGUUCCUGGGGCACCCGCGGGCCGCAGGACGUCCUACUGUUCCGGGACAACGUCGUCGCCAAGUCCAAGUGGCUCCGGGUCAACAAAGUGGACCUCAGCUACCCGCAGAGGGGUCAAAACGGAGGCACCAUCACCGCCAUCAACGUGUACGACGGGUCCACCAACGGGAAGGGGGGCUAUGCCAAGAUCAAGGCCGGCGGCGUGGGCCAAAACAACGUCACCAUCCGGUUCAAGUCCCAGCGGGGCAAGGCGAUGAACUUUACGGUGGAGAUUUACGGGCAGAAGUAAGGGGGGGAGGUGUAAAGUGUGAAGAAAAAUCCGUAAAUUGAUUUGUAACAUUAUUUUGUAAUUCCAGAGUAUUUUUUUAAGUCAAUAAACCUAAUUAUCAGUGUAUGGCUUUUUGGGUGUUUUUGAAACCACCUUGAGUAAGGGUUAUUCAAAACGCUCAAAAAGCAAAAAAAAUGAUUCAUUGACUCAAAAACAAUACUCCAGAAUUAUAACUUUCAUUUUUCAAAAAAAAAAAAUAAAAAAAAAUUCACCCAAAUAUGAAAAAAUCAAAAAAAGUUUUCCCAAUACUUUUGCUGAGAAAAUGUUCAACAAUAUAUAUGUAUCUCAAAAUAAUAAAAAACCUUAAUUAAAACUUCCUCAAAAAGAAUUAGGAUUUAAUAAAUUAAAGGCAC